GUUUUUUCCCAACACCAAUCCACUCUUCCCCUCCUUUUUUUCUUCACUCCCCUUUGCUGUCCCCACCCCAGACUCCCGUGCAAUUUUCCCCAAUCCCAAACACUUAAUUGAGCAAUUGGGAUUCCUCACGUGUGGGCUGAUUUGUAGUUUGAACACGUGGCUCAUUCAAAAAAGCCGGAAUAGCUGAGGAUUUUUUUCUCUCCCCCUUCUUCUUCUUCUUAUUCUAGGCUCUAGACUUAGAGGCGGGCGCCAGCCUUACCGUGUGUGACAUUCUCUGUCUCUUUGCCAAGGGGUUUGGAGGAAGACACAAAGUAGUUUCUCCUCCUUUUCACCCAGCCCGCCAUCGUUCGGAGACACGAGAUUAAUAAUUGAGCAUUUAUUUAUUGCGCGAUAGAGACAGAGGGGCGAGGGAGCGCAAACGCACCGUGAGGCUGCCAGUUUAAAUCUAUCUGUGGCUUGAACGACCGGGAAGCACGCUACAGCCACUCCGUAGUAGUAAAGGCGAUUUAGGCUACUCCAAACACUGCACAUCCGCGAGAGCAAAUAACUAUCUCUCCCUCAGCGUAAAGAUUGUCCCUUUCGGCGCAGAACAUGAAUAAGCUAUACAUUGGCAACGUAAGCGCAGAGGCGAGCGAGGAGGACUUCGAAACUAUCUUUGAGCAGUGGAAGAUUCCGCACAGUGGUCCAUUUCUUGUCAAAACUGGCUAUGCGUUUGUGGAUUGCCCGGACGAGAAGGCAGCAAUGAAGGCCAUCGAUGUUCUUUCAGGUAAAGUUGAACUUCACGGAAAAGUUCUCGAAGUGGAGCACUCGGUCCCUAAACGUCAAAGGAGCUGUAAGCUGCAGAUCAGGAACAUCCCGCCUCACAUGCAGUGGGAGGUUUUGGAUGGUAUGCUUGCUCAGUAUGGUGCAGUACAGAGCUGUGAACAAGUAAACACUGAUACAGAGACUGCAGUUGUCAAUGUUCGGUAUGCUACCAAGGACCAGGCGAGGCUGGCAAUGGAGAAGCUGAAUGGAUCUAUGAUGGAAAACUAUACCUUGAAAGUGUCCUACAUCCCUGAUGAGACGGCGGCACCAGAGGGUCCUCCAGCAGGGGGCCGGAGAGGCUUUAAUGCCCGCGGACCCCCUCGGUCUGGCUCUCCGGGUUUGGGCGCCCGGCCUAAAGUGCAGUCAGACAUCCCGCUACGCAUGCUGGUUCCCACGCAGUUUGUAGGGGCGAUCAUUGGCAAGGAGGGCGCAACUAUCCGCAACAUCACCAAACAGACCCACUCAAAGAUUGACAUCCACAGAAAAGAGAAUGCAGGUGCUGCAGAGAAACCCAUCACUAUUCACUCAACCCCUGAAGGCUGUUCGAACGCUUGCAAAACCAUCAUGGACAUCAUGCAGAAGGAAGCCCUUGACACAAAGUUUACUGAGGAGAUCCCACUAAAGAUCCUUGCACACAACAGCUUUGUGGGAAGAUUAAUAGGUAAAGAAGGACGCAACCUGAAGAAAAUUGAGCAGGAAACGGGGACCAAGAUCACAAUCUCACCUCUUCAGGACCUAACCCUGUACAACCCAGAACGGACCAUCACAGUAAAGGGCUCCAUUGAGGCAUGUGCAAAAGCUGAGGAGGAAGUGAUGAAGAAGAUCAGGGAAUCCUAUGAGAGUGACAUGGCUGCUAUGAACCUCCAAUCCAACUUGAUUCCAGGCUUGAAUCUGAAUGCUUUAGGUUUGUUCCCCACUACAGCAACAGGCAUGGGUCCCUCCAUGUCCAAUAUCACACCUCCCGGAGCCCAUAGUGGAUGCUCAUCAUUUGGAUGCAGUCCUUAUGGGGGUGAAGGGCCAUUUUGGGCUCCUAUGCUGUCAGCGAGUAGCCAGUCCCUUGCUCAGGGACACCCAGAAUCGGAGACUGUUCACCUGUUCAUUCCUGCACUUGCAGUGGGCGCCAUCAUUGGAAAACAGGGUCAACACAUCAAACAACUGUCACACUUUGCCGGAGCCUCAAUCAAGAUCGCCCCUGCAGAAGGAAUGGAUGCGAAGCAGAGGAUGGUCAUCAUUGUCGGACCACCAGAGGCUCAGUUUAAGGCUCAGUGUCGAAUCUUUGGCAAGUUAAAAGAAGAGAAUUUCUUUGGACCUAAGGAAGAGGUGAAGCUGGAGGCGCAUAUCAAGGUUCCCGCCUUUGCUGCUGGACGAGUUAUUGGGAAGGGCGGGAAAACGGUAAACGAACUGCAGAACUUGACCUGUGCAGAAGUGGUGGUGCCCCGGGACCAGACGCCUGACGAGAACGACCAGGUUAUAGUCAAGAUCAGCGGACACUUCUUUGCAUGCCAGCUGGCCCAGAGGAAGAUUCAGGAGAUCCUAGCCCAGGUGAGGAGGCAGCAGCAGCAACAACAGCAGCAGCAGCUUAAGCCUACAUCUGGACCCCAACCUCCAAUGCCACGCAGGAAAUAAACAUCCAGCGGACCUGGAGGAACGGUGACCGAAUCUUGCAAGAAGACUCGACAGAAGGACAGAUGCAGCAGAGUCCAGGAAGGGGAGAAGACGAUGACGGCAGUGGGUCCUAAUGCUCAUCUCAGGGGUUAAAGGUUGUUGGAGCCCAACCAAACAUCCUCCCCUCGUCUUACUUGGGACUGCGUAGCUGAUUUAAGAAAAAAAGAAAGAGACCCUGCGCCUCUAAAAGUUCCACCCACUCCGCCUCUCUGCAUCUCUGCGAGAAUGUACUCCUGAGGGCUCCUACCGUCGUCACCUGCCCUCACAAGUGCACACCCCUCAACCGCUCUACUCAUCCCCCAAAGGAUGUGUUUAAACUUGUAUUUUUUUGUUUUCUUUUUACACUAGAAACACAAAGAAAUAAGGACCCCCGCCCCCUCCUAUCACCGCUUUGGUGUUGUACUUUAAACAUGACAAGAUGUUUUGGUUGACUUCAGAUUUAGUGAACACCUGGUCUAUAUAUAUAUUUUUUUUUUCUUGAUGUUUAAUUGGUUGGUGAAGCUUUCUUAUGAGUUUUCUCUGGAAUGGAAAAAGGCAUUGCUAUCAAGGUCCUGUUUGGACCACCUGAAAGAUUUAUUUGGGGAGGGGGCGUGGGGAGGGGGGGUG